UUGGCCAAAAGGCUAUUUAUCUCUUUUUCUCUUUCUCUUGACUCAUCAUCAAAAGUUCAAAGCUUUCGACUUUGUGGAUCUCUCUAUCAAUGGGUGUCUGUGUGUUUUUUACAGAGAGAUGGAGGCAGAUCAGAUCGUGAUGUUUGGCGUUCACGAAACGCUGAGUUCUUUUGCGGAUGCAGCAAUUGAAUCUGAAGCAAAGAACAUGAGCAAGUAAAAUUGCAAUAGAGGUCGAAGUUUUUUUUAUUUCCCCAAUGCCCAAUAACUUGUGGAUAAUUUAGACACUUCAUCCUCCUCCGUAACGAUUCAUUAAUUUUUAUAUAUGUGAUUUUCUUCUCAAGCGAAACAGUCUCUACCCUAUUAGCAAAAUGUUUUCGCAGUUUAUCUUUUGAUUCCGGUUACUCGGGGAACACUCGUCACCUAACUAUCCAGAUUCUCUAAGAUAUGGACAUAAUCAGUGACUUGUCCGAUGAACUGCUUCUUAAGAUCUUACAGUUGGUUCCGACAAAAGUUGCUGUAUCAACUAGUAUCUUGUCGAAACGGUGGGAGUAUCUUUGGAUGUGGUUGCCUAAACUUGAUUACUGUGAUAGUAUUGGGUCAGAUCAUGAAUGCGGAAGGCUACAGAGUUUUCUUGACAGAAACUUGCCGUUACAUAGAGCUCCGGUUAUAGAAAGCUUCCGCCUUCGCAUAUGUUGUUCAUGUUUAAAACCUAAGAACAUCAAAAUGUCGGUUUUAACAGCUGUUUCCCACUGCGCACGUGAGCUUGAGAUAUUGAAUCAGUUUUUUCUAGCUAAGCCAGAAAUAUUGCCGAGUAACUUGUAUACGUGCAAAACGCUCGUGAUCUUGAAACUAGUUGGCGAGAUCUUCUUGGAUGUUCCUCGAAUGGUUUCUCUUCCUUCUCUGAAAACUCUGGAACUUGAAAGGGUGACAUACUUUAAGGACGGAACUCUUCAGCGGCUUCUAUCUAAUUGCCCUAUUCUUGAAUAUCUAGUCCUGAUUUUAAAAGAUCAGGACAAUAGUGGAAAGUUGACAGUUGUUGUUCCAUCUUUGCAGAGUUUGUCACUCUAUAUACCCUAUGCUCAUGAUAUAGAUGGGGUUGUGAUAGAAACUCCUUGUUUAAAGUAUUUCAUACUUUGGGAUCUUAGCUGGCAAGAUCACUACUUUUUGAUUGAGAACAUGCCUUUCCUUGCCGAGGCAUAUGUUGAUGUUAAUCUUUCUGAUACGAAGAGUCUUAUUGGAUCAAUCACAUCUGUCAAGCGUCUUGGAAUAUGUUCAAAGCUUAUGCUCGAUGAAGAUUUUGUCUUCAACCAGCUUGAACAACUGAAGGUAUGUUCAUGCACAUUCUUUUUCUCGAAUCGACUUUUCUGGCUGCUCAAAGCUUCUUCUAAUUUGCAAGGACUGUACUUUUCACACAUGAAGGAUCAUGAUUAUAGUCUUCAAGAUAUGGACGACUGGAAUGAACCAAGUACUGUUCCUGAAUGCAUGCUUUCGAGUCUACAAACUCUCCACUGGUCGACCUACACAGGAGAACCACGAGAGAGAGAUAUUGCGGUUUACAUUCUGAAAAAUGCUCGUCACUUGAAGACUGCAACAAUCAAGUCAACUGAAUCGGAAGUUCCAAAAUCUGAGAUGUUAAAGGAGUUGGAACUUUCUUCUAGAGCUUCAGCUGCAUGCCAACUCAUGUUCGAAUGAGUAUUUGAUCUUUAGAAUCGGUCUUGUUCUUCUUUUCUUGUAUUUGCUUGGACUCGUUUGGUUUGUUUUUCAACUCUUCAAACUUGUUUUCAAAACUAUUUUUUCUAUAGGUUGUCCACUGAAUAAAACGACUUAUGUUGUUUUGAGCCAA